UAAAACAUAAACGGUUUUUUAUCACACUUCAUGAUGAUAAACCAUUUCAAAACAUUCAAUACUCUGUAUUACGAAGUAAGAACUGAAAGAAAUAGUUGAAGAAAGUUAUGUGUGAUGAUCAAUGCUUUUUUGGAUCACAAAAUAAAAUGUGAAUUAAUGGAUAACAAUUUUAAAUAAAAGUAAAGAUAUUAAACAAAUUGAAGCUUCUUUUAUUAUAAAUGAUUAUUAUCAACUAGCAAGUGAGAAUCUUAUUAAGUAUAUUCAACAAUGGCAAUGCCUACAGUCAGUCGAUUUUGUUUUUGUGCAAGUUUAAAAACUGCCACAACUUUUGGUGGAAUUUUUUACUCAUUUUUAGAUAAAGGAAUAUCAUGUUUAAUUCAUCACACUCAUGCAUGGACUACAAAUGAUGAAUCAUCAACUUUUUUGAUAUUCAUCUAUGUUACUAUGUCGAUUAGCUUCAUUACCACACUUUUGCUCAUUUUUGGUUCAACAAUGGAAAGACACAAGUGGAUGCAACCUUUUUUGGCGUUUAAUAUAAUUGAUUUCCAUAUCACAACUUUAACCAUUUGGUAUGGAACUUACAAGCUGUUCAAAGACUCCACAGACAUCGGUUGCAUGGCUUUAAUCUUGGGAAACUUGGCAAUUGCAUUUUCUGCGUAUUACUACAUAGUUGUCUACAGCCGUUAUUUAGAGAUAUACAGAGAGCCAGACGAUGCAUUGAUAGAUAACCCUGAUGACUAGACAAACAUAAUUUUAUUGA